UAGCUGGCCGAGUUUUCAUUGCUGUAUAUUUCCCCACCAACCAGCAAAUCCAACCCUCCUGUGUAACCUCUGAUUGGUUGAGGGGAUUGCGGGUCCUGGUCCGGAGAAUUAGCGCUCAGCGCUGAGCUGUGCAUUCGGCAGUGUGCAGCAUUGAUGCGAGCGGAGCCGGAGCGCGUGUUGGGGUGAACUAGUAUCCUAUUGACAACGAUUGGUGCUGGAUAUUUUUCAUGCAAUUGGCUCUGCAGCAUGCUUGAAACGAACUGCUUUUAAUUGUGACGGCAUAACAUCCUUUUUUUGCCUCUAUAUUUUUACACUGGAUUUGAUAUUGACCAUAUCUCCCCGGGACGUGUUCGGUGUAUUCAUGUGUGAGAUUGGAGGAAAUUAGUAAAAGAAAGAUAAAAGACUUUGACAGAAAGAGAGUGAAACCUCUAUCGGCUCGCCUGGAAAUUAAAAGGUAACCGUGGUCUUCACUGACAGCAUUAGGCCCGUAAGAUUCUUUCUGUCAACAGCAUUAUUGGUCUACAUUCGAUGACUGGACUUUGGCUAUUCACGGAUUUUCUCAAUGCGGAUUCCUUUUUUACGUUUCCAUCGGAUAUGUGGUGUGAUAUAAUUGCCCAUUGAAGAGGAAAAGUCAGUAAAACUUGAACAAAUCAUUCAUAUGAAUUUGUGGACGUAUGCGUAAAAUUCAAUGUGUCUAAAAUUCUCCUUAUGGUUGUUGAAUCGGAAUCAUGAUGCUGGGAAGAAUUGAACUGGAUUAUUUUUAGCCAAUCAUUUAAUCUUCAGUGAACAUUAUUUUUUGGGUAAACCAGUUCAUUAGAAUUUUCCUCCCUUUUGAUUUUUUAAUUCAUUAUUUGCAUUGUUUUCCAGCCUGCAUCGAAAUGGUCGGUUUAUUAUGUCAGACGUUCCUAUAGUUGUAGCUUGAUAUAAACAGCGCAGAUGUACAUGUUGUUCUGAGACCAUCAGUGUUCUGAGACCAUUCAGAAUGUUUUCUAAUAUCUAUCCUCAAGAUCUCACGCGUUGCAGCAGAUUGGAGAAUGUGGUUUAUCUCAGAAGAGUACAAUGAGCUAGAUGGACUUAAGACCAUAUCGAUAUAAUCAAGUUACAUAUUUAUCAGAUAGGAGCCUUUUCUGUUAUCGAAACCUAUUCCAAGGAUAACUUUUCGACGAGAUCAGCUAACUGGUACAUUUUGCCAGUUAUCUCUGACAUGCAUAGGUGUGCGUGAUCAUACGAGGUCCCAAUUAAAUCUAAGGAAAAAUCAACAGGUACAAUGUACGUCAAGGAAAUGGAUUUUAUGCAAAUUCUUUGGAUAGUCCUUUUAUGCUGGACUGGGGCUGAUUCUGUUAUCAAUUUGAAAUACUCGAUAAACGAGGAGCAGAAGGCUGGGUAUAUCAUUGGAAACGUGACAAAGGACGCACAAACUCAAGGAUUUGCCAUUGCACCGCGUGCGCCGUACUUGCGGGUCAUCUCGAAUUCAGAGCCGCGAUGGGUGGAACUCAGCCCGGCUGGACUUCUCCUCACACAUCAGAAAAUAGACCGGGAUGUGGCUUGCCGACAGACGUCAAAGUGCACUGUCUCUCUGGAGGUGAUGUCAAACUCCAUGGAGAUCUGUGUGAUUAAAGUUGAAAUUGUGGAUUUGAACGAUAAUGCGCCCAGGUUCCCCACAAACCACAUUGACAUUGAAAUCUCAGAGAAUGCUUCCCCUGGAACCAGGUUUCCCCUAGAGGGGGCAAGCGAUCCGGACUCUGGGAUUUUCGGUGUGCAAUCAUAUUCGAUCACCCCGAAUGAGCUCUUCGGGUUGGAGAUUAAGACUAGGGGGGACGGGUCCAAGAUUGCCGAACUCGUAGUGCAAAAAUCGUUAGAUAGGGAGACCCAGUCUCACUACUCAUACGAAAUCAGUGCAGAAGACGGCGGAGACCCCCCAAAGAUUGGCGCAGUCCAGCUCAAUAUUAAAGUAAUGGAUUCGAAUGAUAAUAAUCCCGUUUUUGACCAGCCUGUGUAUACAGUGAACGUGAUGGAGAAUUCUCCUAUUAAUACACUUGUAAUUGACUUGAAUGCAACGGAUCCUGACGAGGGAACUAAUGGUGAGGUUGUAUACUCGUUUAACAGUUACGUCACCGAGAAAACUAGAGAUGUAUUCAAAAUCGACCCUAGAACCGGUAUUAUCACUGUAAAUGGCCCGUUGGAUUAUGAAGCAACCCAUAUUUACGAGAUUGAUGUCCAAGCCAAAGAUUUAGGUCCAAAUUCUAUUCCGGCUCAUUGUAAAGUCACGGUCAAUGUGAUGGAUGCAAAUGACAACCCACCUGUCAUUAGUUUAUUGUCGGUGAACACAGAGCUGAUUGAAGUUAGUGAGAACGCGCCACGUGGAUACGUUAUUGCAUUAGUCAGGGUCUCAGAUAAGGACGCGGGCGCGAAUGGCAAGGUGCAGUGUAGACUACAAGGCAACGUCCCUUUCAGGCUCCAGGAAUACGAGAGCUUCUCAACCAUCCUUGUCGAUGGCAGGCUAGACAGAGAACAGAGGGACACGUACAAUCUAACUAUCCAAGCAGAGGACAGUGGCACCCCCCCUUUACGCGCCACUAAGUCGUUUGUAGUGAAAGUCACAGAUGAAAAUGAUAACCCUCCCCACUUCCUAAAACCCCAUUACCAAGAGAUGGUCCUAGAAAAUAACCUGCCUGGCUCAUGUUUGCUGGCAGUGUCUGCUGUAGAUCCCGAUUUGGGCAUGAAUGGCACCGUUUCAUACACCAUCGUACCCAGUGAGAUUAAACACAUGGACGUAAACACAUAUGUCAGUAUAAAUCCUUCAGGACGUAUUUACUCCAUGAGAUCAUUCGACCAUGAGUACACUAGGACUUUUGACUUCAAAGUUUUGGCCAGGGACCAGGGGAAUCCGUCCUUAUCCAGUAACGCGACGGUGCGCAUUGUCGUUUUGGAUGUGAAUGACAAUACACCUGUUAUGACCACUCCACCCCUGGUAAAUGGCACCGCGGAAGUAUCCAUUCCAAGGAACGCAGGAGUGGGUUACCUGGUGACCCAAGUCAAGGCCGACGACUAUGACGAAGGGGAGAAUGGAAGGCUGACCUAUACCAUUUCGGAGGGAGACAGGCCUUUCUUUGAGAUAGACCAGGUGAAUGGAGAGGUGCGGUCCACCAAGAUGUUCGGGGAGCAGGUCAAGUCGACCUAUGAGAUCACAGUGGUGGCACGCGACCACGGGAAACCGUCGUUGUCGGCCUCUGCAUACAUUGUUGUCUACCUCUCACCGGACCUGAACGCCCAGGAAUCUAUUGGACCAGUAAACCUGUCAUUGAUUUUCAUCAUUGCCCUGGGCUCUAUUGCAGCUAUCCUGUUUGUCACUAUGAUUUUUGUGGCAGUCAAGUGCAAAAGGGAUAACAAGGAGAUCCGAACGUACAACUGCAGUUUCUUCUACUUGCGCAGGGUGGCGGAGUACUCGUAUGGCAGCCAGAAGAAGUCGAGCAAGAAGAAGCUGAGCAAGAACGACAUCCGCCUCGUGCCGCGCGACGUGGAGGAGACGGACAAGAUGAACGUGGUGAGUUGCUCGUCUCUCACCUCCUCGCUCAACUACUUCGACUACCACCAGCAGAGCCUGCCGCUGGGCUGCAGGCGCUCCGAGAGCACCUUCCUCAACGUGGAGAACCAGAACUCACGCAAUGCCGCGCCCAACCACGGUGGCUAUCAGCAGCAUCCCUUCGCCAGCGGGCAGGGUCCCCAGCAGCCUGACCUCAUCAUCAACGGCAUGCCGCUGCCAGAGACGGAGAACUAUAUCGACUCCAGCUACGUAAACAGCCGAGCACACCUUAUCAAAAGCACAUCGACAUUCAAGGACCUGGAGGGCAAUAGUCUGAAGGACAGCGGGCACGAGGAGAGCGACCAGACGGACAGUGAGCACGACGUCCAGAGAGGCCACUACAUAGACACGGCAGUCAACGAUGUGCUCAAUAUGACCGUGCCCCCCAACGUCUGCCAGCUGCCUGACCAAGGUAGGAGAAAAGAUCCCAGCGAAGGCUUCCACUGCCAGGAAGAGUGUCGUAUCCUGGGCCAUUCGGACCGCUGCUGGAUGCCCCGUGUGCCUGGUCCGGCCCGCGGCAAGUCGCCUGAGCACGGCCACCCACGUAACAACGUCAUCGCCCUGUCUAUUGAGGCCACCACCGUGGAUGUGCCCCACUACGAGGACUGUGGCACCGGCACCAUCAAAAGGACUUUUGCCACCUUCGGCAAGGAUGGCCCAGAAGACCCCGAGCGGGGCGAGCUAAAGGGCAACAAGCGGACAAUGAUGGAGUCUCAGGUGUGCAGCCCCAAGGCUAACGGCGGCGCUGUGCGCGAGGCGGGCAACGGGCGCGAAGCAGCCAGUCCCAUCACCUCCCCUGUGCACCUGAAGAGCCCGCUGGCCAAGGUGCCAUCCGGCUACAACACGCUCAGGUGCCGUGGCGCCGAGCGCAUUGCCAACCACAGCAUGCUGCGGCAGCCCGAGGGGAAGGACAGCGAGCCGGCCGUCCGGGAGAUCAACACUCUCCUCCACGACGGCAGCCAUCUUGAGAAGGAGUCUCCCAGCAGCAAGCGCCUGAAGGACAUUGUGCUCUAACGGGCCUCAGGGGAGCCUACUCACACACAUACACUCACACACACUUACAGACACACACACACACACACACACACACACACACAGUGUAAA